ACUGUAUCUUUAGUAAUAUGUGGCGGAGCUUCAAAACUGAUACAUAGUUUCGAUCUAGCUUCCUCUUUGUUAGGGCUUGGUUUGUAACAAGUUAACUUAACCUGUUCUUAAGGUUACGUUAACGUUACAUCUAUACUCUCCGAACUCUAGACCGUCAGUUACAUUUUCUGAAAAUGAAAAACUGUGAGUAUCAACAAAUAGACCCACGAGCGCUCAGAACAUCAACCACCCGAACGUCCUCCACCCUGCCCUGUGGGAGGAAAAGCUCCCAGCGCCUGCGGAGAAAAUGGGAGAUUUUCCCUGGGAAAAAUCGCUUCUACUGUGAUGGUCGUAUUAUGUUGGCCAGGCAGUGUGGUGUGCUCCCGCUGACCAUCGUCCUUAUUGUCAUCACCAGUGGCUUAUUCUUCACAUUUGAUUGCCCCUUUCUGGUGCAUCACCUCACUAUCUUCAUUCCAGUAAUCGGUGGGGUUUUAUUUGUAUUUGUCAUCUUCACCCUCCUUCAAACCAGUUUUACAGACCCAGGGAUCUUACCCAGGGCUUUGCCGGAUGAGGCUGCGGACAUAGAGAGACAGAUUGAUAAUUCUGGAUCUUCAACAUACCGUCCACCUCCCCGCACUAAAGAGAUACUUAUAAAUGACCAGGUGGUAAAGCUUAAAUAUUGUUUCACAUGCAAGAUGUUCCGUCCGCCCCGGACAUCCCACUGCAGCCUGUGUGACAACUGUGUCGAGCGGUUCGACCAUCACUGUCCUUGGGUCGGGAACUGUGUUGGAAAGCGCAACUAUCGCUUUUUUUAUGCCUUCAUAGUGUCACUAUCAUUUCUGACCUCCUUUAUCUUUGGCUGUGUGAUUACUCACCUCACUUUACGAUCACAAGUUGGAGGCGGUAUCAUCCAGGCAAUACAGGACAGGCCAGCCAGUGUUGUGGAGCUGGUCAUUUGCUUCUUCUCCAUCUGGUCCAUUCUGGGUCUGUCAGGUUUCCAUACUUAUCUUGUGGCCUCCAACCUCACAACCAACGAAGAUAUCAAAGGCUCUUGGUCCAGUAAAAGAGGUGAAGAUUCAGGGAAUCCAUACACCUAUAACAACAUCUUCACAAACUGUUGUGUGGUGCUGUGUGGGCCAAUGCCACCCAGCUUGAUUGACAGAAGAGGCUUUUUACCUCCAGAUGACGCACCUCAAACGGUGACCUCUGAUGCUGAGCUCCCUCCUUUCAUGGCCAAGAAUGACACAAACAUGUGCACACAGGGCACAAAGGAGUUUAUAGAAUCAAUGGCACACUCUACAGUGAUCCAGAGCACCUGCACUCCAGGCACACCCAAAACUGCCCCGGUUACCCGAGAGAGUCCACUAAGUACCGUCUCCAUCAUGGUCUCUCCCCCCAGCAAGCCUUCUACCGGCUGCUCAGGCCGCCAGGCCCGACGCCCCACAGACAUGCCUUGCCCGCAGAGAGGGAACAAACGAGCUGCUCUUCACACACACAAACCCGUGUUGCGUCUACCCAGCCCCCCGUACUCCCUCGGCCACAGUCCGCUCAUUUUUAGUGACGCUCCCGACAUGGGCUUUAUCCCACUGAACUGAGCGCAGUAUCUCUGCCACCAGCAGCCUUGUGCAAAUAUUCUCCUCUCUGUUAUCACUUUGAGAACAGCAACACACCUUUUAAGAAACUGUGACGUACUAUACUCAGGAUCCUCUCAGGAAACAUGCCAUCUUUCAACAAAUGAGAAUAAGCCUGGAUCUUUUUUUUUUUUUUUUUU